CUCAUGCUGCCCAUCGCCAUCGAGGUGCUCGUCAACCAGUGCGGCAAGAGAGUGCCGAAAGACUUCCGCUGCCCUACAACCCCGGCAGCCCCAUCACCGACCCCUGUGAUGCCACCAACACCGACUCCGACGCCAGCACCAACCCCUGUCUCUCCAACGCCAACCCCGGUGGCCCCAACACCUGCCCCUGUGAUGCCGCCAACACCGACCCCUGUGACACCAACGCCGGCACCAACCCCUGACUCUCCAACGCCAACUCCGGAGGCCCCAACACCGGCGACACCGACUGGCAAGUGCCCUGUUGAUACGCUGAAGCUGCUGGCGUGCGUGGAUGUGCUCAAUGGGCUGUUGCACGCGGUGAUCGGCAAUAGCACCAGCGAUACAUGCUGCCCGCUGCUGUCUGGCGUGGCCGACCUCGACGCCGCUCUCUGCCUUUGCACCACCAUCAAGGUCAAGGCCCUCAACGUCAGCCUCGUGCUGCCCAUCGCCAUCGAGGUGCUCGUCAACCAGUGCGGCAAGAGAGUGCCGGACGGCUUCCACUGCCCGAACUAA